AUGGAUGCUCCGACUUCUCCUCUGACUCCCACUCCCUCCUCCGUCCUUUCUAUCCCGGAGGCGCCAUCUAUCGCCUUCUUCGACGUCGAGACCUCCAUACCGUAUAGGACGGGGCAGGGAUAUGCUCUCCUGGAGUUCGGAGCUAUCCUCGUUUGUCCCCGCCGGCUGGUGGAGCUUGGCAGCUACUCUACCCUUAUCCGGCCCCCCGACCUGUCCGUCAUCUCCCCAGCCUCCGUUCGCUGUAACGGCAUCACCCGGGAGUCCGUCUCCUCCGCCCCCGACUUCGAGCAAGUCGCCGACCACGUCUACGAAAUCCUCCAUGGUAGGUCGAUGGACUGGGCGACGACUGAGAUUCGGCGAUGCCAUCCUUCUAACUAGACGCGGUCCUGUUUUAUGCUGCUGCUUCUCUUCUGUUACUCAUAUUUCCUCCGCUUCGAUCGAUUCUGCACUGCAGGGAAGGUGUGGGCUGGCCACAACAUUCUGAGGUUCGACUGCCUUCGCAUCAGGGAGGCGUUUGAGGCGGUUGGGCGUCCGGCUCCCGAGUCUGUUGGCACCAUUGACUCCCUCCGCCUGCUCUCUCAGAGAUUCGGAAAGAGAGCUGGUGACAUGAAGGUAGAUAAAAUGUUUCUGAUAUCCUCAAUUAUGACUUUUCCUAGUAUUAAACCUAGGAGAAUGCCUGUGAGCUGUUUUGAAAUUUUCUCCCUGACCUUCUUCCUGCAGAUGGCAACAUUAGCAAAUUAUUUCGGGCUUGGGCGACAGAAGCACAGGUAAUCAGCAACUUACCCCCCUUCAAAUCUUUUUUGCGCCUAUUUCCUUCUCAGCGCUAAUUCUGCUUUAUGGACUCUUCCUUUCCAUUUCAAGAUUAGUGGUAAAUCAUUAGGUCAUAUAGUGCUACACCGACUUGAUCUUAGUUGAUAACGUUCCGUGAGAAACUGCAUCAUCAUUAGAGAAGGACUUGAGACAUGGAAUCAAGAUUGUGAAGCAACGAAUAGUCAGUAGCAGACUCGAACGACAACUCAGCUUUGCCAGUGAAUAUUCAUGAUGUUCUUCUGUGGGCCAUCUCAUCUCUUUUUAAUCUAUAAAACCUCUUGGAGCGAAUGCUUUUUCACUUCUGUUGGGGCAAUCAGAUUUUGCUCGUUCCAAACUGCUCUGUUCAUUGAUAAAGGGAAAGCCACUAAAACCCACUAAAUUUCGACAUAAAAUCCGAGUGGCUACAGAUGAGCAAGAAAGAUGACAAACUUUGUCAUUUGACUUCUGUCAAGCAUGAAUAGGAAUAAACCGUUUAAUGGUUCAUGAGCGUCAAGAACAUUGCUUUCUGGGCUUCAACUGCUACAGAUAAAAGUCAUCGGUCUCCCACCACUGUGGCAGUUGGCAUUUGAUGAAACUGAUGAGAUGAUACCAUUAGCCCCUAGCUUUCAGGAUUGCGACUUUAUCAUAACUACCAAAAGAUCAUCUUAAUUUUCUCCAGCUCCUAUAUGAAAUCUUUGUAGUCAUGUUCCUUCUCGGAGCUAAAGAAAAUAUAACAAAUUUCUUAUCGAGUCGUUUUCUCUCCUGCGAUCACUCACAGCUGAUGCUGUUUUUGUUUUUUUGUUUACACUAAGCACUAAUCUGCUUCAUGUCUGUCGAAUGAACAUUAUCAGUGUUCCAACAUUCCACAUGAGCUGAUCUUUGAAGGGUCAUUACUCAUAUCAGUAUGUUUUGUUAGAUUAUUUUCCUUAGUCAUUGAUUUGUCAUUCUCAUCCCUGUAGCUACUAAUCUUAGACAAUGUUCAUGUACCAAACGUGAUAACUGGUUUAGGUGAUUCAUUAGUCAGGGAAGCCAGGCGUGAAAGAGAUGGCAUUGCCUUGGAGCAGAUCUUGAAUGAUUUGUAUUAUGUCAACUUCAAAUUUUAUUGUUUUAUGUGAUAUUUCACUAUCUUGCAAAGGGAUGCUGUAAAAAUAAAAAAAUUGUGUCAAGAUGAACAAAGAUGGCAAGAUAUUGUUUUUUUGAAGAUCCAAAACUCUUUGGAAAAAAAUUCUGUUAUUUGUUUUGGAAAUUCCCCCCCUAAAAGACUCUGAUAUUGAAAUAUGUAAGAAACAGCUUUUCAGUGUAAUUAGUGAUAUUUAGGAUGUAAGUAGAACUUCCCUACAAACAUCUUACAGCAAAGUUUGGUAUCUCAACUCCACUUGGAACUGGAUUUUAUCAGGUUUUUAUCAGUAGUGUAGAUAAAUUGGAAACCCCUCUAGUCGCAGAUACAGCAAGUGGCAUCCUUGACUCUGCAAUGUAUUUGAUUCAGCAACAAAAGUGAAAACGAUUCCGUGUUAUGAAUAUUAAAAAUCUAGUGCAGUCUAUCACUAUGGUCAUCAUCUUUCAUCUGACAAGCAGCCUUCACUGUAUUGUGCCAACCGGUUGAUAUUUUGUCUUUGUAGUGCUACUGUUCCACAACUAGUACGGUUGUGAACUAGCUGCAUCUGCAUUUUUGCCUGUCUUCCAUUUAGUUUUGUUAUUGCUUAUCCUCCAUUAUUUGGGUGAUGUCAAUGUAAGGUUGGUAUAAAUUUUAACCGUCAAUGUGUUAUUUUAUGCGAAUUAGAAUAUUGAAAUUAAGCAUUUCCUUGACAUUGUGUGAUAGGAGCUUGGAUGAUGUUCGGAUGAAUCUUGAAGUUGUCAAAUAUUGUGCAACCGUGUUAUUUCUGGUACAUAUCCUCCUACUUUGUCCCUUUCUUUACUCAUGUGGCCUUCAAUAGAACAUGCUCAUAAGUUCAUCAUCUUUUUGUAUACAACCUGCAUAAUCAUCUCUACUGUAGAGAUGAUUGUGCAGACUGAAUGUUCUGUGGAUGAUAUUGUAGCUACAGAAAACAUGCUCUGUGUGACUUGUUUUCCUUUUUCUUUCGGUUAUCACCAUACCCUAUGCCUUAGCCCUUCCUCUGCUACAUCGAGGAUAGCAGACCAACAGACUAGGCAUUUUUAGCCUAAUGAGACAAGGAAAAUGAAAUCUCACUGAUGAUCUUGUAGUGGGCACUUUUUAAUCACGCUGGUGCAGACUAAAUGUUCUAUGGAUGAUAUUGCAGUAUAUUGAUCCUCUAAGGUAUCUCAUAUUAUUGCCACUUAAUGAAGUUUAAAGAAAUUAUCUAAGGGUUUCAACUGGAAUUUGUUCACCUGCAACGAUAGUUGUCCUGCUUCUCUGCUCAUCAAACUCUGCCGGGCCAUUAAUUUGAAUCGUACCUCUGGACUCCUUUUCUUUUUAUCUAUCUGUUUUAUAUGCAGGAGUCAAGUCUCAUGGAAUGCUCCGCCCUUUCUAUCUGUGCUGUUGAAAAUGCUACGACAGGAAGCAGUAGCAGGACAGUCUCUCCUGUAGGGAUGGAAGAUGGCACCAAGACUCCUGUAGGGAUGUCCUAUCUAGGUUUAAAAGAUCAUCAGAGCUCCCCUCUUAAUCAAAGCACGACUAGAUUGGAUGCUUAUUGCCCACCUGAUUAUAGCCAAGAAUCCCCAACAAUAGGUCCCGAUUUAACACCAUUAAUUGAACAGAUGAACCUUGAUUCCAUAGCACCAGAUACUGGCAUUGACAGAGCCCAGACAUCAGGCUUUGCUCAGAUAUCUCGUGAACCUGGAACCUCUGAGGAAUCUAAUCGCCAUUGUGGAUUCUUGGAGCCUGAGAUGGUUUCAACCUCUUGCAUCAGUGCAUCCUUGGUCCAGUCUUACCGCAGUGGGAACAGAAUAGUGAUGCUACACGAAAGCACUCCCUUGCAGCUUUUCUCUGGGGGCCUGAAAGUUCACUUUGGGGUCAAUACGAAGUUUCUGGACUAUGCUGGCCGGCCCAAGUUGAGCAUUGUAGUCAAUGCCCCUCCGAGCUUAUGCAAUCUCCUGGAUGUGUGCAAUGGCCUUGCUCGGAGUAAAGCCUUGGAAUCUGGCAGCGACUCUGAGUGGAGACCCGUUGUCAAAAGGACUGCCCCUUCAGAUUCUUCAACCAUCCGGUUGCAGUAAGUUCCUUUUUCUUUUGAAGGGUUUAAAGUAUUUAAUCCUUAGAUUGAAAUACUUGCUGUUUUUUGUUAGAUAAUUGAGAAUAACCAAAAUAGGGUUUCGGACUUGCCCACCCUCAUCUAUUUCUGAAUAGAGAGGAGAGAUGGGCUCAGCACACAAGACCUAAUAUGGGCCUAAUAGUCACAUAUUGUAAACCGCUUGUCAACAGAGUAAUAUGACACUGUCUAUUCUAAUAAUCAUUCUAAUUCUUUUCAAUCUUAAUGAAAUGAUCUGUUAACUACUACUUUCUAUAAGUGGACGAGGGAAAUGCCCCCCCGCCCCUCUAUGGCAAGAGUGGAAGAGCUAAUAUGAAGGAUUAUCUAUGAUGAUUGGUGGGACUCCUGAUUUAAUAAUUUUCUUUAUGAGAAAGAGACAUACAAGGAAAUUCUCAGCCUGGGAAAUAACUUUCCCCACAUGAUCCAGAAAAUAAAAAUUAUUUUUAAGCUAUGUUCGAUUAUCAUAAAUGGCCCAUCUUUUUAUUUUGAGUUAUUUCAUAAUGCUUUUCUACACUGCUAGUAAACUCCCUCGCUUCCCCCACAAAUUCUGUCUGAUGUUCUAAUCAGCUAAUUGUGGAAGAUGCUGCUGAUUGGAUUCUGCUACCCCUUUUCAGAAUACCCACCAUAGCUAAUGGCAACGUGACCACCUAUUCGACUGAAAUCUACCAGAAAGAGCCUUCUGGAAAUACCCAGAAGCUAGUCUUCGCCAAGCUGGAUGUUGAAGAGCUGCAGCCACUCUUCGUUCCGGGGACUAUCCUUGAUGCCUAUUUUGUGAUCGAUGUAUAUGAUUAUCAGCAGAACGCUGGGAUUCGGCUGGUGGCCAAAAAGCUCGUCAUCUAUCCCAGAUAG